AUGAAUCAUCCCGAACAGACAGCAGACGAAGCAGGCAACGCUCCGUCCGCACACUCCACCAACAAGCCCAAAGUGCGUCUGAGCUGUGAGACUUGUCGGCAGCGCAAAGUCAAAUGCGACAAGCUGAACCCAUGCACGAACUGUCAGCGUCUCGGAACGAGAUGCGUCCCCGUUGAACGGGCACGUCUUCCGCGGGGCAGAUCCGGCAGACCAGCAACGGAGCGACCAGGUGACCAGGAUGCGAACCUGAAGGACCGUGUGGCGAAGCUGGAAACCAUCAUCCGUGAACUGGCUCGCGGGGGCAAUCAGGCCUCCGCUCGCGCUAUUCUAGCUGCUGCCGUCGAUGAAGGCUCACAAGCUGGGUCGUCGGAUGGGGAGCAUGGCGAUGACGAUGACUCGCAGCCUGGUAGUGUCCGGACUCCGGAUACGUACUUGGGGUCUUCGUUUUGGGCCAGUCUCUUGAAUGAGGUGCCGGAUGUACAUCCCAGUGAGCAGGGUGGUUCCAAGGAAGACCACCGUAAUGCUGAGAACAGCAACCUAAUCAACUACCGCCGACUUUUCUCCAUGGCAAGCGGCAGUGACUCCACAAAAAGCAAUUCUCCAGCCCCCUCACCUGCCCAUCAGCAGCUAUGCUGUAUAUUCAUGCAGAGGGUGGACCUGCUCUGUAAGAUUCUUCACAGGCCCUCGGUGAAGGAGUUCCUCGUGGAUGGAAAGCCCUAUUUGGACUACGAGCCAGGGCAUCUGGCCCCAACUGCCCUCGCCUACUCUGUAUAUUUCGCCGCCUCAUGUAGUCUUCACGACGAAGAGAGCAUGCGCUGCUUCGGCAUCCCCAAGUCAUCCAUGGUAGCAAAGUACCAAAAAGAAGCCGAAGCAGCCCUCGCCCGCGCUGACUUUAUCACCACCAAUGACCUCACCGUCCUACAAGCCUACGUCCUCUUCCUCCUCGCCCUCCGUUCCCAAGACCAAAGCCGCCGCAUGUGGACUAUGCUCAGCAUGGCCUUGCGUAUCGCGCAAGCUCUUUCCCUCCACAUCCCCGAGCCCCCAUUCCACGUAACCCCCUUCGAGCGAGAACUCCGGCGCCGCGUCUGGCUCGCCAUUGGCUUUCUGGACAUCCAAGCAUCCAUGGACCGCGCUUCCGAACCGAUGAUGCAAGCCGCCUGGCUGGAAUCUCACCCGCCAGCAAACGUGAACGAUAUCGACAUAAGCCCAGCCAUGACCUCAAAUCCACCCGACUCCCCAGGCUUUACAGAUAUGACCUUCACAAUGGUUACCCGCAAAGCACAAUACGUAACCCGAUCCCUCAACUUCUCCGACUUCAUGGAACCCUCCAUCAACACGCUCGCCAUCCGCCAGCAACUCGUCCUCGAAUUCCAGCAAUCAGUCUCGAAACUCCUCGCUCACGCCUCCCCGGCAACCAACCCCCUCCACUGGCUCACAGCAGCCGUAGCAGAAUGCACCCACGCCUCCAUGCAACUCAUCACCCUACGGCCCCUCCAACGCGCCCCAAACUUCACUCCGCCUCUCGUCCGUGGUGACCGUCUCCUCGAAUUCGCAGUCAACGUGCUCACCGCCUCGUAUCGUCUCCGCUCUGACCCCCGCUUCGCCACCUACAAAUGGAUAGAAUUUGCCUUCCCGCCCUGGCAUAGUCUCGCCGUUGCUUUGGCAGAACUCUGCGUCUGCGACGACAAAGCCGUCAUGGAACGCUUCUGGGAACCAGUCGAAUAUACCUUCAAUCAGCUGGGACGAGUAAUCGCCGAUUCGCAACGCGGGAUGCUAUGGAAACCUAUGGUUAAGUUAAUGGAUAGGGCAAAGGAAAGACGGACGCAAUUACUUUCUACGUCUUCUUCUACUCCAGCCGGCUCUGGCUCUGGUCCAUCUUCAUCCCACAUUAAUCCCGAUUCAGCUAUCAGCUCCGAGCAGUUCUCUCCGCUGGAUCUAUCUAUCCAGCAACAACAACAACAGCAGGAGCAAGAGCAGCAACAGUCCAUGGCUAUGCAAAUAGACGCGCAAAGCUUCAUGCAUACACCCGAGAGUCACAGUGGUCUUGACGGCGCAGCAGCAGCGGCGGCAGUCGCUGCGUCUGCGUGGCCGAAUGUCUGGGACGCGGUUGAUUUCAGCUACGCGGGACCGGGACUGGGGAGUAUGCAGAUGGCAUGGGCGAAUUACGAGAACUUUGUGGCGGAUGUUUACGUCAAUGUUGAUGAUCCAGAGAUUAUGCGGUGA